AUGCAGUUGUUAUGGUUUUUAGUUGGACUUUUGGUUGUUGUUGUUGUUAAUGCAGCAGUUCCAGAAGGACCAAGGAUUGAGGGUAGCAAAAGACUAACACAAACAGUUGAUUGUAAUGGCGCUGUUGUUUUCUCAGCAGUUUCAACACCGGAAACCACUUCUCCAGCAUCAUCCGAUAAAAAUCAAAUAAUUAAUUUUGAUACAUCACUCAUUGACAAAUCCGUCGGUUUCGGUCGGGAAAGUGGAAUAUUUACAACACACUGUCCUGGCCUUUAUCAAUUUACUUUCACAGCCACAGGGGAUGCAAGUUCCAGAUUUUCAUUUCGUAAAAGACCGUCUGCUUCUACGACUGCCUGGAAAACAAUUGCGGUUACAAAUAAAACCGGAGGCAGUCAUAUAUUAUUUAUUGACAUGGAAGUUGGUGAACAAGCUGCAAUUUUUGUUGAUGCUGGAUCUUUAUCUCCUGCUACCUCUCAUUCCUUUAGCGGUUACCGAGUAUCUAAAAAAUUAUAA